UUUAAAAUGGAGAGAAUAGAUAUGAACCAUUCAGGCAACUACAGCUGUGGGUUUUCAGAAGAACAGUUGGAAAUAACCAAAGUGACAGGAUAUGGUCUUAAUAACAUCUUCAUAAAUGUGAUUGAAUCUUUUAUUUAUACACAGAUACAUUUGCUUAAGCCUGAGGUGCCAGUGGGAAGUGAUGCUGAGUUUAAAUGUUCAGCAUCCAAUCCUUUACACAAAAACCAGUCCGAGAACAUGAUUUUGGUUUAUCUCAUCAAAAAUGGAAAGCCUGUUAAAGUUAAUAUUUGGGACACAGAGAAGAUGAUUACAACAUUCACCCUCAGAGAGGUCCGGACUGAAGAUGCUGGGACAUACAGUUGUGUUGUAUUGUUAAACAUACUCCCUUACCAUGGAAUGACACUUCAUCAAAAUAUUAAAGUCAAUCUUAAGAUUACUGCGACAUCUAAUAGCAGCAUUGACAAAGUCAUAAUUGUCAUAAUGUGCGCUAUCAUAGUGUUGCUCCUCAGUCUGUUUCUGGGAAUCUGGGCACUGAUCCGAAAACGAGGAUGUCUUGGAAUCCACAACGAAAGAUCCUCGAAAAACGAGACAGAGCUCAGAGGAACAGAAAUGUUCUAUGAAGAAAUUGACACACCUUACACAUCUGGUACUGGUGACAUACAACCUGUUGUCUGGACUGCCUCAGAGUGUGAUGAAAGUUCUUCUGAAAGUGAUGGAGAGUAUAAUGAUGUGGGAUGUGCAGUAUAGCACCUGCAAGCAUUACAGUAUGAUUAAAUUAUACUGUUGCAACUUUG